CGUGUGAGCUGAGGCCCUGACUGCCAUUGUGACCGAACAAGGCUGCGGGGCUGUCACAAGUGACCUGUGGCUGGAGGCAGAGCUGGCUCAAGGGAUCGGGUGGAGUCAACAUCAGCAAGGCCCCAGCACGUUUCAGCACGCUGGAUAGCGACAGCUCUCCACCAAACCCGAGCAGCCCAGACAUAGAGUCACAGAGGUUAUUAACUGGAACAGACAUGAAAGUGGGUGCGCUGUUUUUGAUCACUCGUUUAUUCUUAUUUCAGUCCUUACAUUGUGAUAAAGCUGUAAUUCGCUUAAAGUGAAUGCCUUGAAAUUGGGAACAAUUGGCCAAUCCCUGCAGAAUCAUGCGGUUUCCGAGUUUGUCAAAGUUGGAAUAUUAAGACAGCGAGAGUUUCAGCCUCUCGCCCCCAACGUGUCUUCAGACUAUCUGUAGUUCAGCGGGUACACUGAGAACCGAAACAUGGAAACGUUAGUGGAGUCUACGGAGUUGCAAACGACCACUGUCGCAAUGUCACAUCACAGCCCCACACAGUCCCGUCAGUGGCAAAACAUCGUCAAUGUCAUCAGUAAACGGCAAGAGCGGCUGACCGAUAGUGAUGGCGUGCCAAAACGGAGGUUCACCAUCAAGAAUGAGUAUAUCGAGGACAUCAACCAGCAAAUCCAGUCCAAGCUCACCGGCAGGGCUAAGAGCUCCAUCUACCCGACUGUAUUCGCGACAGCACCCGUCAGCGAGAGGAUGUCUGACAUCUUCGUGUCUCCUGGUUAUAGCUGCUUGGGAGUCUUACUGCCCACCAUAAACCAGACAUUCAAGUCCAAUGAUUUGGAGAAGCUGUACCAGCGCUACUUUGCCCGUCAGAGACGUAUCUCUCUUAUGAUGAUGAACAUCAUAGAUUGCUUCACCAAGUUUAACAUUACGAUGUUAUUUUUCGUUGUUGCACCUGAACUGAUUGAGCCCUUACUGACUGGGGUGACUGGCUUAUUCAUUCUGUUCUCUUCCAUGUUGUGUUUUCUGGUGCAAGCCGGCAAAGAUGCCAUAUCACACAACUAUCUGCAAUAUCUUGGACUUGCUACCUGGUUCUAUCAGUCUCUACAGAUUCUCCUGACCUGGGGCAUGGGCUUGGAAACCAAUGAGACCUGGUUCAUUCUAUUCAUUGUAUUCGGCACUUAUACCAUGCUCCCUAUCCCGCUGUUUUGGGGUAUCCUUGCUGGCUCCAUAUCCUCAAUAGUUCACUUAGUAAUUGAAGGAUUUCGAUAUUCCAGAGGUGCCAUUCUUCUCCAUCAGAUCUAUGUCAAAAUGCUGUUGCUGCUUUGUAUGAAUAUAGCCAGUCUUUUCAUAAGCUACCUUUCUGUCCGGGCACAACGAAUGGCAUUCUUGGAGACCAGGAAAAACAUUGAAGGCCGACUCCUGUUGGAGGAUGAAAAUGAAAGACAGGAAAGGCUGGUUCUCUCGGUGCUACCACGUUUCAUGAUGCUGGAGAUCAUUAAUGACAUGUCUGAUGCAGCAGAAAAACAAGGGGCAUUCCACAAAAUCUAUGUUCACCAAUAUCAGAAUGUAAGUAUUAUAUUUGCAGAUAUCAAAGGCUUUACCAACCUGUCCAUGGGCCUGGCACCACAGCAGUUAAUCCUGUUGCUAAAUGAGCUCUUUGCACAGUGUGACGAUCUUGCUGAGGAACACAACUGUUUGCGGAUCAAGAUUCUGGGCGACUGCUACUACGCUGUUUCAGGAUUGCCUGAACCACGUGAUGAUCAUGCCCAUUGCUGUGUGGAACUCGGUCUGGGAAUGAUCCGAGCAAUUCGGAAGAUCCGGUCAAGCUUCCAAGCAGAUAUUGAUAUGCGGAUUGGGAUCCAUUCUGGCUUUGUCCUGUGUGGAGUUCUGGGACUACGGAAGUGGCAGUUUGAUGUGUGGUCAUUGGAUGUAAACAUAGCUGACAAGCUUGAAACUACUGGUCAACCUGGACGAAUCCAUAUCUCUGAAGCUACUUUGAAAUGUUUAAAAGGUGAUUAUGAAACUGAAGCGGCUUAUGGCCAAAAACGUAGUGACUUAUUGGAUCAGUAUAAGAUUAAAACCUACUUCAUCAAGCAUGACGAUUUUCCUGGGGAUGCACCACGAAUACGAGUUAGCAUUGCAAAAUCAGAGGCUGGAGCUCCAAGAUCACACUUUGAUCGUAGGAAAACAGAGACCGCUUUCAGCAGCAGUUUUCACAUUGAUGCCAGUCUGCUCAGAGUCUUGGAAGCCGAGACCCCAUGGAGGCUUGACCAUCCUUUCAACAGAAUAGUUGGCUUGAAUAAAGUUUUUGCAGCUCUAAUCAGAAGAAAGUCCCAAAAGUCUGACAAGAAUAUAAGCACAGUAAUCCCCUCCUCCAGGUUUGAUGAGAUCAACAGGAGAGUUGAACAUGCCAUUGAGGUGCGCAGCAGCGACAAGCUGCGAGCUGCCUAUCUUAAUGAAAUCACACUAAGUUUUAAGGACUCUGGUAUUGAAAAGAAGUAUCGCAUGGUACGGGAUGAAGUUUUCACAUCUAGCGUGGUCUGCUGCCUCAUCGUAUUGCUGUUUACCAUCGCUGUGCAAUCUUUAUUUGAAGUACCUGAGCAAAAAAUGAGGCUUGGUCAUUUCAUCUGCAUUGUGUUCAUUUACUGCUGGAUGCUGUUCUGUAUGUUGGCUGAGGGGCUUCCCUGUCUCCCCACAGCCUUUCAUGAACUGUCUAACUGGAUUCAAGAGACAUAUAAAGUCAGAACUACAAUCAUGCUGCUGUCUAUUGUCAUCAACUUUGUCUCAUCAAUAUAUGACAUGAUUUGGUGCCCUGAUUUGAAUCCAUUUCCAAUUGAUUCAUUUAAUUUUUCAAACUGGAAUCGGGAUCGUAAGGGGUCAACGAAUAUUUGCAAUCAGACUGAGUAUUUUGUCCUGUGUGGGGUGACAUCGUUGAUCAGCUGUGCUGCCUUUCUUCAUCUGCAUUCAAUUAUAAAGCUGGCGACUGUCAUCUUAAUGAUUGCCAUCUACACCUACAUUACCCAUGUCAGUUUCAAAGAAUUGAAUGCGCAAGUGACUGCAGAAUUGCCCAGUCUUUUUUCGGAUUGGCAGCGGGGAAUCGUCUUUAUGCUGACAUUCAUGUUUUUGGUGACAGUCUUUUACCAAGGACGACAGAUUGAAGCAACAGCACGACUGGACUUCCUGUGGAGAUUGCUGGCCAGACAGGAAAUGGAUGAAAUGGCAGUGAUGCGGAAACAUAAUGAGGAUCUGCUGAACAACAUGCUGCCCAGUCACAUCGCACGGUAUUUCCUCGACAAAGACCCAGAUGACGAAGAGCUCUACUGUGAAUCACAUGAGAAUGUUGGAGUUCUGUUUGCUUCAAUACCAGAAUUUGCUGCUUUUUACUCACAGGCUGAGGGAAACCAACAGGGAAUUGAAUGCUUGCAGCUGCUUAAUGAGAUCAUUGCUGACUUCGAUGAUCUGCUGGGUGAUGACCGUUUUCUUAAAAUUGAAAAGAUCAAGACCAUUGGGAGUACGUACAUGGCAGUGUCUGGACUAGCAUCAGAACAGCAGCAUGAUGAUCCUGGUAUCAGGGAAGACUGGGCACACCUCUGUAACCUGGCAGACUUUGCACUCGCUCUGGAAAGCACCAUGGAGGAGAUUCAGAAACAUUCCCACAUCAAUUUUAAACUCCGUGUUGGAUUUGCUCAUGGAGCUGCAGUUUCUGGUGUUAUAGGAGUGAAGAAGCCACAGUUUGACAUUUGGGGUACAACAGUGAAUUUUGCCAGUCGUAUGGACAGCACUGGCAUCAGUGGCAAGAUACAAGUGCCAAAGGAAACCUCCAGUGUUCUUGAGACCCGUGGCUUUUCUCUCCGAUACAGGGGCCAGGUUUUUAUCAAGGGUAUGUCUGAGACAUUUGGUAAAGUUGAGACAUAUUUCCUGGAAGGGAGAGUCACACAGGUAGCAACACCCAGGUGGAUGAGGAGGCAAAGUGCACAGCACUCCUUUUCUGUUAUCCUGUCAGGAUUAUCCCAGAAAAGUUCGCCAGCGUGGUACCCUCUAUGAGUGGAUAAAUGAUGCAAGGACAAAUCGAACACAUGGUCCAAGUGCUUUGGACUCGUUGGGAAUUUCAGCUUCAGGAAAGCUGCUACCAAAUUUAAAUACUUUCAAACUGUCAUGGACAAAAUAAUGUUGUGAAUUUAUUGAGGAAAGACAAUGUAAAUGGUUAUAUAUAACUGGACUGGACUGUGAUUAGAUAGAAUGGUGCAAGACCAGGCUGUGAAAGGACACUACAGUCCUUGCAUCAACAAUUUUGUCAUGGUACAAAUGCAAUGAAUGGGUAAAUGCUGAGAAUAACAUCCUCAAGAAGGUGUGAGGUUCCCACAGCAUGUUCUCAAUGAGGUGAUGCCGGCUCAGUUCAAAGUUGGCCUGCUUGAGUUGGGGAUGUGCAGCUUGGCUUCCAGUGAUUAAAUCCCAGAGCCAGCUGAUGAUACCAGCAGUGCCAUUUAGCAGCGCUGGCUGAGGACUGAAGUGGGCAGAGCAGUGGUGUGGCUUGGUCACUGUCUUGCACUGUGAGCUCAGAAUGUGGAUGAAGUGCUGAUGGAGCAGGUACCCAAUGAACCACACCCUAACACAGACUGCAAUCUGCACAACAGCAUGUGGAAAUGGGAGAUUGAUAGGAGAAAAUAAAAAUCCGAGGGAAAUAAAGACUAUGGGAUUAUAUAAAUGUGUUAGCAAACUAUAGAUGUAUCAAUUCAUACCACAACAUUUGUACCAUUGUUACAAUACCUGAAUAUAGUAUACAAAGGAAUAUGUCUUGAAUUAAUGAGAAUUUUAUAGAGAUGAGGGUUGGGAUGGAUAUUGCUACAUGGGGAGGAAUAGCUGUGUUGAUGAUGGUUACACAGAGCAUUUACAUUGCAAACAAUAGGUAAAACAGUCUUGGAUAUUAAAUCAGGCUUUAAAGAAAUUGGGUAAUCUUGUACUGAAAUCAUUUUAUUACAGCAUUCCCAUUGCCUUAUCAAGAAUUCGGUUGCUGUGGGUCAUAGGAAG